AUGUCUUUUGAAUUAAUAGAAGCACGAGCGGCCAGUAAUGGCUUGUUUGAUCCAGAAAUUCUUGCCAACAAUCUUUACAAGCACGACAUUCCUCGGAGACGUAUCAAUGAAAUUGUCAAGAUUUUAGAAAAAGAGCCUAUUUUACAGGAUCGGUACAUGUACCGCGAACUGUCCAGAGAAGAUCAGUUCCGCUACUCUUUCCGGGUAACUACAAAGAUUCUUGAGUUAUCGAAGAAGCACUCCUGGACUCUUCAGGAACUUAAUGGGACGAUGACCAAUAUAUUUGGUGACAAGUUUCCUACCUCGCUUCAUAACUCGGCUUUCAAAUAUGUUAUAAAGGUAAUUGGAUCAGAUGAACAGGGCAAAGAAUGGUUGCCAAAGUGUGAUACUCACGAAGUCAUUGGUUGUUAUGCACAAACUGAACUUGGCCAUGGAUCCAACGUACGUGCUUUACAAACCAAAGCCUUCUACGACCCGAAACUUAAACAUGUUGUCUUGUGUUCAAGUGAGCCAUUGACUGCAAGAAAGUGGUGGAUCGGUGGUCUUGGUGUAACAGCGGACCAUGCUGCUGUUCAAGCCAGUCUGUACUUCCCACCCAAAGACGAUCCACAGUCUACGGAUCGCUCCAAGUACAAGUACUUAGGGCCACACAUGUUCAUUGUUCCUAUCCGAAAUCCAACCACACGUGAACCUCUCCCUGGCGUCACUGUUGGUGACAUUGGUCCCAAGGCUGCAAAUGGAUUUUCAAUCAUCGACAAUGGAUUUUUAGCAUUAGACAAUGUCCGAAUCCCAGCUUCUAAUCUACUUAGCAGAUUCACUUCAAUUGAUACCACUGAUCCAAAAGGUGCCCGUUACGUUUUAACUGGUAAUCCCAAAGUUAUGUAUGCGUCUAUGACAAAUUUACGAGCAGGAUAUCCUUUCAGUUUAGGGCUUCCACUUUGCAAGGCCGUUACGAUAGCUUCUCGAUACCUUACAAUUCGACGUCAAUUCUACGACAAUAAUGAUAAGACCAAGGAAGUUCAAGUUGUUAAGUACUCAUCUGUUUAUUCUCGUCUUGUGCCUUUUGUCGCUCUUGCACACUCUAUUGGGUUUAUUUAUGAUGGUGUUCAAACAUCUUACUUGAAAAUGAUGGAUCAACUGGUGGGCCAAGGUAGUGACGCGUUACUCCCAGAGGUACAUGUUAUCACAUCUUCAAUAAAGGGGGUCAUUUCAAUGAAAUGCACCCGUUCCAUUGAACAGUGUCAGAUCCUUAUGGGUGGCCAUGGCUUUUCAUACCAUUCUGGGCUUUCAACUCUUUACGGAAACGCACUCCCUGCUCAAACAUUUGAAGGCGAAAAUUAUGUUGUCGCGCAACAAACAGCCAAUGCUUUAGCAAAACAAUAUGUCUACAUUCUCGAGCAUGGCAAGAAAGCAGCGGCAAAAAAUCUUUUCCCAGCUUCACAGUUCUUGAUCAAGUAUAUCGAUCGUAUGGGUCUAGAUGCAUCGCACGGUCCUGGCGCCACACAAGGUAUUUCAAGUCCAAAGACAGUAGAAGAAUGGCUUGCAAAUGACGAAUAUAUUAUUGAGCUUUUUGAAAAGCGUACAACGUCGCUUGUAUCGGAUUUUGUAAUGGCAACAAGAUCUACUGAUCCCAAAGACCGCCCACAUUUGGGAUCAGCUGUUAGUUUUGCGUUUGGUGAACAGUUUAUCAUUACCCAAUAUAUCCGUGGCGCUGCCAACAUUAACGACCCAGCAACUCGUGACAUUGUUUUGCGUCUUGCUCGCAUUUUGGCAUAUAAGUUUUUGGUAGAUGAUAAUGUUGCUCUUUCGCUUCUCGAGUUUUCGCACAUCAACGCUUAUUCAAUAAGACCGUUGCGGGAUGCAUUGCAACAAGAAAUUAAACAAAUUGCGCCCCACGUAAUUGCGCUUACAGAUGCAUUUGGCUUUACUGAUUAUGAGUUAAACACCGCUCUCGGAAAUUAUAAUGGUCUUCCUUAUGAAACACUUAUGGAACGAGCCAAGAAGUCAACAUUGAAUACCAGUUUUGUUAACGAGAUUGCAGCGCUCAAGCGUGCGGGACUGACCGGGUCCAAAUUGUAG